CUCUCUCUCUCCCCCUCCCCCUUACUCCACUCUCCACCGAAACGACACUCUCUCUCUGCAGCGAGUAGUUUGUAUUUAACAAAGGUGCGAGCGUGGCCUUUUUUUAAUCUAAUUUCACAAUCUCUCUCCCUUAAAAGAGUCUCUCUGUAAUACAGAAGUGGAAGAGUUGACACAUAAGAGUGAAGAGACGAGGGACCCUUCUCUCAGUGUUCGAGGAAUCUAACAGUUUGCUGUUCUCAAGGCCUGGCCCUUCAAUUUUUAGUGUCUUGAUAUGGAUUCCGGGGAAGAUGGAAAUGGGGCACAAGAUGCUUUGCCACCUCCCCCACCUGUUCCGCCAAAUGUUGUUCCAAUAAAAGCUGAUUCAGUUGCUUCUGAGCCAGUUAAGAAAAAGGUCGCACGUGUUCCAAUAGCUCGCCGUGGCUUUGCAUCCAAGGGGCAAAAAAUAGCACUAACUACUAACCACUUCAAAGUUAAUGUUACUGGUGCUGAUGGUCACUUCUUCCAUUACAGUGUUUCCCUUUCAUAUGAAGAUGGCCGUCCUGUUGAUGGUAAGGGAAUUGGAAGAAAGGUUAUCGAUAGAGUUCAUGAGACAUAUGAUAGUGAGUUAGGUGGAAAGGACUUUGCUUAUGAUGGGGAGAAGAGUUUGUUCACAGUUGGUCCUCUUCCACGAAACAAACUUGAGUUCACUGUUGUGCUUGAGGAUGUUUCAUCAAAUAGGAAUAAUGGCAAUGGAAGUCCUGAUCGUGGUAGUCCGAAUGAGAGUGAUCGAAAAAGGAUGCGGCGUCCUUACCAGUCAAAGACUUUUAAAGUAGAGAUUAGCUUUGCUGCUAAAAUACCAAUGCAGGCAAUUGCCAAUGCACUACGUGGUCAAGAAUCAGAAAACUCUCAAGAAGCACUUAGAGUUUUGGAUAUCAUUUUAAGGCAGCAUGCAUCAAAACAGGGUUGCCUCCUUGUUCGUCAAUCCUUUUUUCACAAUGAUCCAAAAAAUUUCAUUGAUUUGGGAGGGGGCGUUCUUGGCUGCAGAGGAUUCCAUUCAAGUUUUCGAACCACCCAAGGAGGCUUAUCACUGAAUAUUGAUGUAUCUACUACCAUGAUAGUGCAACCUGGGCCAGUGGUUGAUUUUUUAAUUGCCAAUCAAAAUGCGAGGGAUCCUUUUUCCCUGGACUGGGCCAAGGCCAAGAAAAUGCUAAAAAAUCUGAGGGUGAAGACAAGCCCCUCAAACACCGAGUACAAAAUAACUGGACUGAGUGAGAAGCCUUGCAAGGAGCAGUUGUUUACGCUUAAGCAAAGAAAUGGGAAGGAUGAGAAUGGCGAGGCCCAAACGAUUGAAGUGACUGUUUUUGAUUAUUUUGUUAAUCAUCGCCGCAUAGAACUACGUUAUUCUGCUGAUUUACCUUGCAUUAAUGUUGGGAAGCCAAAACGACCGACUUACUUCCCUAUAGAGCUUUGUACCUUGGUGUCGUUACAACGUUAUACUAAAGCGUUGUCCACUCUUCAAAGAGCUUCACUGGUGGAAAAAUCAAGGCAAAAACCACAAGAAAGGAUAGGAGUUUUGACUAAUGCUUUGAGAAGCAACAAUUAUGAUGCCGAGCCUAUGCUACGUUCCUGUGGCAUUUCAAUAAGCAGAGACUUGACCCAAAUUGAAGGCCGUGUUCUGGCAGCUCCAAGGUUGAAAGUUGGUAAUGGGGAGGAUUUCUUUCCACGAAAUGGGCGGUGGAAUUUUAACAAUAAGAAACUGGUGGAGCCCACAAAGAUAGAACGUUGGGCUGUGGUCAACUUCUCGGCUCGCUGUGAUAUUCGAAACCUCGUCCGAGAACUGAUCAAAUGUGGAGGAAUGAAAGGAAUUCACAUUGAUCCUCCAUUUGAUGUAUUUGAAGAGAAUCCACAAUCUCGACGAGCCCCACCCAUUGUUAGGGUGGAGAAAAUGUUUGAGGAGAUACAGUCUAAACUCCCUGGAGCUCCUCAGUUCCUUCUCUGUCUACUUCCAGAGAGGAAAAACUCUGAUCUAUAUGGUCCUUGGAAACGAAAGAAUCUUUCUGAAUAUGGAAUUGUGACUCAAUGCAUUGCUCCUACAAGGGUUAAUGAUCAAUAUCUUACGAAUGUUCUCCUAAAGAUUAAUGCAAAACUUGGUGGAUUAAAUUCUAUGCUAGCCGUAGAACAUUCCCCUUCUAUUCCAAUUGUUUCGAAGGGACCCACCAUAAUCCUUGGGAUGGAUGUUUCUCAUGGUUCUCCUGGACAAUCUGAUGUACCAUCUAUUGCUGCGGUUGUCAGCUCCAGGCAGUGGCCACUGAUUUCGCGCUAUAGAGCAUCAGUUCGUACUCAAUCUCCAAAGGUUGAGAUGAUUGAUUCUCUGUAUAAGCGAUUAUCUGAAACUGAAGAUGAAGGCAUAAUUAGAGAGCUUUUGCUAGACUUUUAUGUGAGUUCAGGCAAAAGAAAACCCGAUCAGAUUAUCAUAUUCAGGGAUGGAGUCAGCGAGUCUCAGUUCAAUCAAGUUCUGAACAUCGAACUGGAUCAAAUUAUUGAGGCCUGCAAGUUCCUUGAUGAGAAGUGGUCUCCCAAAUUUGUGGUGAUUGUUGCGCAGAAAAACCAUCAUACCAAGUUUUUCCAACAUGGAUCUCCUGAUAACGUCCCACCUGGCACAGUCAUAGACAACAAAGUUUGUCAUCCACGGAACAAUGACUUUUAUCUCUGUGCACAUGCUGGAAUGAUUGGUACUACCAGGCCGACGCAUUACCACGUUCUAUUGGAUGAAGUUGGUUUCUCUUCCGAUGAUCUUCAGGAGCUUGUGCAUUCUUUAUCCUAUGUGUACCAAAGGAGCACCACUGCCAUUUCCGUAGUUGCCCCCAUAUGCUAUGCCCACUUAGCAGCUACUCAGAUGUCUCAGUUCAUGAAGUUUGAAGACACGUCAGAGACAUCCUCAAGCCAAGGCGGAAUGACGUCAGCAGGGCCUGUUCCUGUGCCUCAACUCCCCAAAUUGCAGGAGAGUGUCUGCAAUUCGAUGUUCUUUUGCUGAGAGACAUGUGGGGGAAGCUGAACCCUGUUAAAUACUUUUGUUCCAAAAACAAAUUGGGUUUUGUAUAGUUUUGUCUUUUAGGGUGAUCUUUCCUCUGGAGGAAGCUGAACGAUGUUAAAAUCCUUUCUUGCUUUAGGGUUUAGUAAGUAGUAAGUAGUAAGGUGUAGGGUAUCUAUCUAUGAUACUAAUUUUAGGGUUUUGCUUCUAGACAGUGCCACCUCUUUAUAGUAUGGCCUUGGGUUGGCCACGGUGGCUUGAACUUCGAAGUGUUUAUGGAUUUUUGUUUAUCUGAUGAAUACACCCGUUAUGUGUACUUUUGGAAGAAGUCC